AUUUCCCAAAUGGUAAAUUCAGUCUUUACUUCCUUGCAUAUAUCCCAAAAGAUCAAGUUUUACCUAAAUCAGAUGAUGAGCUAAGUGCUUAUGUAUUUUCUAGAGAGGGUGUAUUGGAAUUUACUCAUAAUUGGGGAACAGAAAAUAAUCCAAAUCAAAGUUACCAUAAUGGCAAUACUGAACCAAGGGGAUUUGGUCAUAUUGCAAUAUGUGUUGAUAACAUUGAAGCAGCUUGUAAAAGAUUUGAAGAACUUGGUGUAAAAUUCUCCAAAAAAUUAACUGAUGGUACAAUGAAAAAUAUUGCUUUUAUUAAUGAUCCAGAUGGUUAUUGGAUUGAAAUUAUCCCAUCUAACAAGGAUGAAAAUUGUCGUCCAGUCUAUGGAACUUUAUCCAGAGAAACAAUCGAUAAUGUUGUCGCUCAUUCUAUAAUAUACCAAACAAAAAAGCUCCCGUGGAGUAUAGGAAAUCCAUCACUUGUAAGAGAAAAAUCGUCAAUAUCAAAAACAUCAUCAUCAUUACAUUCAAACAUUGAAAUACCCAUAAAUCAUUCACCAACCCCAGAAAAUACACUAACAACAAAUUCGACUUCAACAAGCAUAUCGUCAUCAAGUCGUUCGACAUCUCCAGACAAACAACUGUCAAGCCGUUCGACAUCCCCAGAUAAACAUUUAAUAGAUAAUACAAAUUUACCUAACGUAAUAACUACUGCUACGACUUCUUCAAUACAAUCUUCAAAACUUAACACUAAUACAAGUCCCACUACAUCUCAGAUUAUUAAUGGCAAAAGUGAUCUUUCCAACGAAAUCCAAUCUUCCGCUGCUUCUUCAACCACUAAAUCCACACCAGCAAGAUGGGCCGAUCUUCUUCGUACAAAUGGUGCAAAUAAUCAUAAUUCUGCACAAUCUACUCCUCAAAAAUCUAAUAAUACCACUCCAAAAUUACAAAGCUCUUCAACAUUUGCGAAACAAAGGAAAUCUUCUGUCUCGUUGCCCAACGGUAAGCCUAUUUUGAAUGGCUUGACAGGCAUUUUGAAAAGUUAUGAACUGUCGUUAAAAGGAACUUUUAUUCAACCUCGAGGCCUUAUGAAUAAUGGAAACACAUGUUUCAUGAAUGCCAUUUUACAACCGCUUUCUCAUUGUCCUCCAUUAUACAACCUACUCAUGACUGUUAGUAAAGAAGUUGCUCAUAGUUUUAAAAGCAAAACUCCACUCAUAGAUUCUCUUGUUAUGUUUAUGAAUGAGUAUAAACAAUCAAAGCUUGGCGAUAAUGCCGAAGAAUAUGGUGAACCAUUUUUACCUGAAUAUGUAUAUUAUGCUUUAAGAGGCCUUAAACGCUUCAAUUCCAUGAAGGGGCGGCAAGAGGAUGCAGAAGAAUUUUUAUGCUUUUUACUGGAUGGUUUACAUGAAGAAUUUUUAACAUUUCAAGAAGAAAAUCAAAAUAUUGUUACACAACCAGAUAAAAAUACAAAAUCUAGAACAAAUGGUAAAAAUGAUGGUGAAUGGAUGGAAGUAGGUCCAAGAAAUAAAACGAGUUACACUAGAACUGUUAAAACUCCUGUCAGUAGAAUAUUCGGAGGGCAAUUUAGAUCUGUUUUGAAAUGUCCUGGAAGCAAUGACUCAAUCACUUUACAACCUUAUCAGUCUUUACAAUUAGAUAUUCAACCUGAUGAUGUCAAGACUAUUGGUGAUGCUUUAAAAAAUCUUACAGCUCCUGAACGUGUGGAUGAUUUUUAUUCUACUCAAAAAGGAGGAAAUAUCCAGGCUACAAAAAAUUUAUAUAUUGAAACGUUACCACCAAUACUUAUACUCCAUUUGAAAAGAUUUGUUUACGAUAAUGUCGGCGGUACGCAAAAAUUGAGCAAAUUUAUUAGUUAUCCAGCAAAAUUAAAUAUCCAAGCCGAUAUGUUUGCUCCUAGUCGCCGGCCAUCUCAACCGGCAGAAUAUAAACUUUUCGUGGUCUACCACCAUGGAAAAUCGGCAAUGGGGGGACAUUACACCUGUGAUAUUCUUCGUCAGAAUGCUGAAUGGCUCCACAUUGAUGAUACGGUGAUCACACCGAUAUCAGCUGAGGAUGUGGCGCUAGCUGAGUGUCCUACUCAGCCAACUGAUCGGCAUUAUAAUUCUAGUCCUAUAAUUGCUAGAUUCACUACAGAUAAUUAUUGUCAAGUUGAAUUAGAUCCUGGUGUACCUGUAGUAUUGGG